AUGAAGUCGGUACCUUUGCUGCUCGUUGUUCUAAUCGCCAUCGUUGGCCAUGGAUCUGGUUUUUCAGAUUCAUCCCAAGAGCACCAACAGAAUCAAGUGCCCGCCCAAGAGGACCAGCUUUUAUAUGGCGAUGAUGACGAUCUCCUUUAUCCAUUUGGAAAAGAACAGGGAGACAAGGCUACCCCAGUAGAAGAUGAUGGCUGCUCCGAGCAAGAACAUCUCCAAGAAGAGUUUAAUUUCUUUGGGAAAUCUUACAAGUGUCUAUAUGUGUGCAACAAUGGCCUGGUCUCCUUUAACACCCCAGUGUCACAAUACACACCUGAUGCAUUCCCCUUGACAGAAGGGCAGAAAUUUAUUGCUCCAUUCUGGGGGGAUAGCGAUAUUGAUUUGGGAGGAGACGUGCACCACAGAGAGACAAAAGACCCCCGAAUUCUGCAAAGGAUCACAGACGAUAUGGCCAAACAUCUCCCAAGCCUUCAUUACAAGGCAAAAUGGGCCUACAUUGUCACCUGGUAUGAAAUGGUCUUUUAUGGGGCAGCUGUUAAAAAGAGAAACACAUUCCAGGCUGUCCUUACCAGUGAUGGAUACCAGUAUUUUGUCAUCAUGAAUUACAAGAAGAUCGAGUGGACUACCGGAACUGCCAGUGAAGGAGACCCUGACACUGGUUUGGGUGGCACCCCAGCUCAGGCCGGAUUUAACAGCGGUGAUGAGAUCAACUACUUCAACAUUCCUGGAUCCAGAACCAACGAGGUGCUGAAAAUCACGUCAACAUCUAAUGUGAACUACCCCGGACGCUGGAUAUUCCAAGUAGAUCACUUGGACGCUCCAGGAGGCUGCAUCUUUCAAGCAAAGUUUGCCAGUGAAGGAGUACCAUUUUGGAAAGAAUCCACCUGCAGCACCAAAUGCCUUUGCCAGGGUAAGACAGUAACCUGUGUGUCCGAGGUCUGCCCUCCCUCCAGCACCUGCGAGUUGUUGGGAUCCUUCUUCACGUGCAAAGUUCAAAAAGAACCGGAACAAGAACCAGAAAAGGAACCGGAGCAAGAACCUGAACAAGAACCGGAAAAAACCUGUCUCUAA